AUGUUAUCAAUAGAAAAUAAAAGUUUAUUAACUAAUAAUUCAAUCGAAAAUGAAUUAUAUUGUUCCGCUUUAUUUGAUAAUCUAUGUUGGCCUCAAACUCCUGCCAAUCAUUCAGUCACUAUUUCAUGUUCAACAUUGGCCAUGCAAGGAGUUGAUUCCAGCAAAUUUAUCACCCGAGAUUGUCUUUCGACAGGACAAUGGUCUCCUGUUUCAUACCAACCAUGCGUUUAUGGAGAUGUAUGGGAUUUAAUGAUGACAUUCUAUAUAUCGCGAACACCUGACCAGAGAAAAGCUUAUACAGAUAUCCUUCAAGCUGUUCGUAUUAUUGAAUUUGUUGGAUUAUCAGUAUCAUUUAUUAGUGUUCUUGUAUCACUUAUAAUAUUUUUCACAUUAAAAUCUCUCUACUGUAGUCGUACAAAAAUUCAUAUUAAUCUAUUAUCAGCAAUAUUUAUUCAAAUAGUUGCACGAAUUGUUAAUUAUGGAAUUCAAAUGAAACAAUCAAAUAGUUCUUCACAAGUAAUACCUAUGAUAUGUCAUGCUGAUGGAAGUGUAUCUUCACCAAAAAUCUCAUCUGUAUUAAUAAAUAUGUGUCCAUUAAUUGUCAUAUUUCUACAAUUUAGUAUAAGUUCGAUGUUUAUGUGGAUGCUUUGUGAGGGUAUUCAUCUUAAUAAUGUUUUAACAGUUAGUGUGUUUAAAAAUCAUUUUAAAUCAUAUUAUUUUUAUAUACUUGGAUGGGUUCUUCCACUUUGUAUUACAUUAAGUUGGAGUAUUAUUAUGUUUAUUAAAGAACGUGAUCGAAAAUGUUGGGCAAAUUAUAAUUAUCUUAAAUAUUAUUGGAUUAUUGAUGGACCACGAUAUGCAGUAAUGAUUAUAAAUUUUAUAUUUUUAUUGAAUAUAAUCCGAGUUUUAUUGAUUAAAAUUAAAGAAGGUUCAGAAAAACAAAUACGUUCAGAUAAACAUCAUCGGACUUCAAUGAAUACAAAAUUUGUCAAAAAAGCAGUUAAAGCAGCAAUUUUCCUAUUGCCUUUAUUGGGUAUUACACAUAUGCUUGAAACAUUUGUUUCACCAGAUGAUCAAUCAAUUCCACUAUUUGCAUUAUAUUGCUCGGUGACUUAUUUUUUAGUAACAUUUCAAGGAUUUUUUUGUUCAUUAUUAUAUUGUUUCUUGAAUACUGAAGUUCGCGAAACAUUAUCUCGUCGGCUUAAAACAACACAAGCUUGGAGCCGUUGGAAACGAUUAUUAGGUCAACAAGAACGAUUUGGAAAGAAUAAACUUAAUAGUGAAGAUCAAACACGAUUAGAAUUAUUAAUACCUCUAUCUAUUUCAGAACCUAAAGGAAGUAUAAUUGAAAUGGAUGAUCGUCGAUUAACAGCUGAGGCUGAUGUAACUUCUCAACCGACACAUAAAGUAUCUUGUUAA